AUGGUCUCAAAUGCUCCACGUGUCACGUCCUCCUCCGUCCGAUCAGGUACAAAUUGUAACAGUAUGAUUAUGAAGCAAGUAUGUCACCGUGAUUUGAAAUUAGAGAACACAUUAUUGGAUGAAAGUACUACUUUACGACUGAAGAUCUAUGAUUUUGGGUAUUCCAAGAAUUCUGUAAUACAUUCUCAACCAAAGUACACGGUUGGGACACCUACAUAUAUAGCUCCUGAAGUUUUAGUCAAGAAAGAAUAUGAUGGCAAGAAAAGAAGUGAGGAACUUGGUUGCAUAUCUGGAGAAAACAAUUCUGGAACUAAUUUGCAAGUUGGUUCAGUGAUGAGGAUGACUCCUAUAACUAUAAGAAAGCAUGAAUCGGGUAGUUCCAAACGCAAAAGAAUAAAGGAACGAGACAAAUUUAUUCAAAGUCAAUCAGGGGCUAUGGAUAAAUUUGUUUUCAAUAAAGGGAACGAAACACAAUGUUCAGGGGAUAUAUGGGUAGAUGUAGACAUUAAUGUUGGUGUAGAAGAAAAUGUAGAGCAAUCAAUGGAGACUCAAACACCUUCUGAGGAAGAUGUUGAUAUUGGCCUAGAAGAAAAUAUAGAGAAUCAAAUGGAGGAAUCUUUUGAAGUAGAUAUUGAUGUUAAUGUAGAAGAAACUAUGGAGCCUGGUUUGGAAGGGAAUGAUGAUAUUCCCAACAUCUUUGAUCCUAAAAAUUGGGAUAAUCUUGCUUCUAAAUUGGGGAUUUAUUGGUGA